AUAUAUACGUGUAUUAAACUAGCAUUUUAAACAGAUAUUUGUUUGUUAUAAACAGUUUCUCUCGCAUAAAGAUAAACAGAAUAGAAAUACAGAUUUCGAAAUAAAUAAUUAUAACUAAAUUUAUCAUUUCACGCCUGUAGCUCAAAACUGACGGAAAACAUGUCAAAAUAUUAAAAUCUUUUGGUGCAAAGACGUAGCAAAUUUAUAAGCACUUUGGAUUUAAUUAAGAAAACUAAUGUGUUUAUAAUGGGAACAAAAUAAGUUUAUGUAUUUUGAAUAGACUAAAAGUGUUAAAAACUAAAGUUUAAAACCAUUGCGAAACUAACUACUCACUAAAAAUUUAAAUUAUUCAAGAUAAGACCGAAGGUGAAGAGGAAUAUUUUAUUUUACAAAACUGUCGGAAUACAUCAUCUAGGAUAGGAAUGAUACUUGAAAUAUGUGCGUGUGUUUUCUUUCAACUAAUUGUUUCCGGUGGUGCUUGGCCUAGAUACGGAAGACCACAUCCUUUAUACAACGGAAGACUGCAAACAAAUGAAAAUAUUUUCGCAAAUGCUGUUCUGCUUGGAUUCGAUUUCAAUGAAAUACAGUCAUUGCAAGCGGCGGGUGGUCAAGGAUUUGGCUUGGGUAAUUUGGGUCUACCAAACAAUGGUUUUCCGAUGAACGCUUACGAACGCAAAAGAGCAAGACAGGAUAUAAAUACCCUAACUGCUUUAGGAGUUAUUGAUAGCCCAGAGGAAGCCGGUCCAUUAGGUGCGUUAGGCAGGAAAAGUGCACCCGAUCCACCGGAUCAUCCUGGUGCCAAAGAUGGAGGCAAAAAGGCUAAAAAGAAGCCGGGGGCUAAAGUUCAAGGCAAAGGAAAAGGUAAAGUUAAAACUAAGGGACAAAAGAAACAAGGAACUGUUGCUAAAAAUGUAGGUCAAUCAGGUAAUAACAUGACUUCAAAUUCUCCCGACAAAACCAUAUUACAAGUGGAGAAGAGUACAAAACGCCCUAAUAAGAGAGCGAAACAAGGUAUCGGAAUCAAAGGCCGUGGUCUUAUAAUAAGUAAUACUAAAAGUACAAUGAAAAGGAAGGCUGCAGGAGCUGUAAGGAAAGGUGGUAAAAAGAAAGUAGCAAACAAACGUAGGAAGCUUUGGCCACAAAAUCGCGGUGGUGAGGCCGAUGGAGAAGGUGGGAUUAACAGGUCAAAGCAACGUAGAAACAGAAAUGGUGGCAUUCAACAAGCAGGCGGGGAUCCUGGAGAGGGUCGACUGGCGGAACAGGGUGUAGGAGACUUUCCACAGCGUCCGAUAAGAGGUAGAGGAGGAAGACGGGUGUUAUGGAGGACUGGGGGCGAAGAAGCACGAGGUGGCAGAGGAGAGGUUUAAAACAGACGUUUAGUAGUUGGAUGUUUUUGAUUUGAUAUCAAAGUUCAAAAUAUUUGAAAAGGUUCAUGACAAGACAUUAGCCUUCGGGUUCACUGUGACUAAGAUUUAAGCGCACUUAGUAAUCAUAGCAAAUAUGCAGAGUCUUCGCAUACACUGGAUAAAAGUAAAAUAGAAAAUCGGUGAUGGAUGCUCAUGGAAAGAAUGCGCAAAUGAGAUUUUUUAUAAACCAUGUAAAGUCUAUUUUGAAAAGACAAUUUGUUAACUGACAUUUUCUAUGCGAGCUGUUUUACUUGAAUAUGUGAUAUGCAAUGCAGAUUACACGAUAUGAGCCUUUUUCUGGACUGUUGCAAUUUUCCAUCUGUACUUGUAAUAACAUUGUACGCAAGAAUGUAAUAUGAGAUCUAUUUGACCGAAAGACCAUUUUAUUUAGAUUAUACUUUUGUUUUAGAAUUUGUAUUAUUCACAAUUCACUUAAUCUAGUUUUCAUGUAAUGCAAAUGAGAUUCAAGUGUAAAACAAAAACGUUUAUUCACCACAAUAAUCGUAUGAAUAUGUUAUUAGCUUGGUAUCAAGAAAUAUGAAGUCGUUCUGUAGCGGAAAUAUUGCGCGACUUUAUGACGCCAAUUAGCCUGGGAAUCUAGUCUGUCUUUUUUCUAUCUGCAAAUUGACAAGCUGAUAAUAUCAGAAGCUCAGUGAAUGCCAAUUAAAAGAUAAAAGGUAAGGGUAGAUUUCCUGGAAGCACAGAGCACCCCAAACACAGCCAUAGAGCCAUGCGUAAAGUAGGCCCACAACAAAAAGAUGUAACGGAAAAAUAUUGUAGACGGGAUGCUUCAAAAAUCCAACAACAAGUACAUUAUAAAUAUAUGCAAAAUACAGAAAAAUGGUUUGGGGGAGGGGCUAAGGGGUAGAUAAAAGGGUCGGAUGUAGGGGGAAGGUGGACGCAGUAUUCCUACAACAUCGCAGACUCGCGCGUACAAAAGACAAACAUACACACACACAACUAACAUACACAGAUAAACAGACAGGUAUGAAAAACAACACUGUGGGGCACCAACCAUGACAAACACGCACAGAUAUACACGCAAGCACACACAUAAGCAGGGAAAAACAACAGUCGGGCACCGCCUAAGGACGGCCGGCGGACAAAAUUAUGGUGGGCACGAUAACUUACUUAUGGUAAAAGGAGAGAGGCAGCAAAUGAAAGGAAGCGUAAAUGCAAGGGAAAGGGAUGGAAUGUGGCGAUGGGGGUAAUAGGGGUAGUGAGGAGAAAGAAGAAAGAAACGCUAACAAAAAACAAGACAACAUGUACAACACAAAGUACGAGACGGACAGAAAAUAAGUUGAAAAUAGGGGCACCGCCUUGGAACGGUCAGUAACCUAUAAAAAGGAACCUUGGGGGUAGGGGUUAAACGCGUUAAGGGCAUGUCAACCUCGCACUUAUCCUAUUUGUAACAAGUUAGACAAGACAGAGUAAAUAAAAUCACUCCCCGCUGAGAAAGACUCUAACAUUAGUGACAAAAUACUAGAGCAUAUAAAGUAAAACAUAACAAUAGGGUCAAUCUAAGGUAAAAUUACACCAAUGUACUCAACAACUUGUCUGCAGUCAGAGCACCAAGAGCCUAACUUUUAAGGGCACGACUAAGCAAGCUGCAAGACGAAGUUCCACUCCCUCCGUCCAUUUUUUUUGUAGGAUUUUGGAGAAAAGCGUCAAGGAGUUUAUUAGUCACCGCGUCGCGAUUAACUGUAGAGGGGUCAGUCACCAAACAUGCACUGUGCUUAACAAUUUUCGCAUUGUAUCCUAUUUUGAUAAAUGUUUUGACACGUUUUACAAAUAUUUGAUUAAAAUAAGCAUUAUGUUUAAUUUUUCGAAUUUUAUAAACUACAUCUCCAUAGUAUACCGGGUGUGUAAGACCAAGUUUUAGAAAUGUUUUAAGGUUUGUGUUAUGUUUCUUUAGACGUUCAGACGAUCUGUAGUAAAAUUUAGUGAAAAGUGUAAAGUUGCUAAAGUUGCUACUGAUUCCACUGCAGCUGCAAAAAUCACGAGCUAACGAGCUAAAUUGUAUAAAGUAUCAACCGAUGUUGAUAUUUCCGACGUUUUUCUCCACAUGGAUGAUGAUUUAUGUUUGCCUGUUUGGCCAGAAUAUAUAGUUAAUACUUUUCUAGUAAAGUAAUAUUUAAGACUGAAAUUGAAGUGCCAUUUUCCUUCUUCAUGGAGGCCAUAGCCUGCUUAUGAAUCAUAAUUUUACAAAUUAUACCUUUUCGUUUUGCGCCUUUUGCCAGUGACAGCUGUGCCUCCUUUAAUAAUCUCAUUUUUGUGAGAGGAGAAGUUGCUAUUCCUCUUUCGAGUUAUUGGCAUGAUUAAUACAUAUUGUAUCUAUUAAUUGUCCAGCUUUGUA